AUGGAUUUCCUCAAGAAGAAGAUGAAGGAGCUCAUGGAUGAUGACGAUAAGAAGCCAGCCGAUUCUCAUGGCGCUCCAGGCGGUGCUGGUCCUGGUGACCGCGCACUCUCUGAUGGCUACUACGGACAAAGUGGACACGGCGGCCCACCCCAAGAUCAAGGUUACCCGCCCCAGGGCCAUGGUUAUCCGCCUCAGGGUCCUCCUCAAGGGUACCCACCCCAAGGACAAGGUUACCCACCUCAAGGCUAUGGGCAACAACAACCAUAUGGUGGCCCUCCUACGCCCGUAGGCCCACCUGCGCCUUACGGAGCGCCUCCACCAAUGCCGCCAGGCUGGACACAGCAAUGGGACCAGAACAGCCAGCGCUGGUUCUACAUUGAACAAGCCACUGGUCGCACACAGUGGGAUCCUCCUUCGCAUCUGCCACCUGGCCCAUAUGCUCCUCCUCCCGCAGGCGCACCUUACAUGCCACCCGGUGGUCACGAUGAACGUGGCCUUUUCGGAAACACCCAUGGCCACCAGGGACACGACUACACGCCAUCUGGAGCAGCCACCAACGAGGCCGAAAAGAAGAAGAGCGGCCACUCUACUGCCAUGCUCGCUGCCGCUGGUGUCGGCGGUAUUGCAGCCGGUGCCUUUAUUGGCCAUCAACUCGCUGACGACAGCGACGAUGAGAGCAAGCAACAGUCGUAUGCUCCUCCACCUGCGGCUCCUGCUGCGGCUGCAGGUGGCUACGGCGCUGACCCUGGUUACGGAGCGGAUCCUGCUUAUGGUGCUCCUCCUCCAUCGGAUCCUUAUGAGAACCACCCGGCCUUUGAAGAACCUCCCCCAGUCCCAACCCAUGACGAGGACGGUUCCUCCAUCUCAAGUAGCGAUCGGGAGUCUAUGGAGGAGAAGCGCCAGGAACUCAUCGAAGCGCAGGAGGCUUAUCAAGAAGAACUUGAAGAGAACUACGAGGACUAA